AUACGGCAGAAAGCGUUACUUGUAAUUUAAACCAGUCUAUCGAAUUCCAAUAUGGAGAAUACAAGCUGAAACAAGGGAAUUAUUUUGUACUUUUUAGUGAUUUGAGCCCUUCAUAACAGAAAAAUGUAAAAGAUGGCUACAAAAUUUAUGCCCCCUCCCUCGGCCAUGCACUACCAGAGCAGUCAGUUUUAUGACAGUGCCUAUCCUGGUCCCAGCUUUCAACAGACUCCAGAGACAAAUGGGCGGAGUUUCGCAUUUCGGAAACGUUUCGAGAAGAUUGACUGGAGAAGGAUAGCAUCGAUAGACAUUGAUGCUGUUGCUCGAACACUUGAUUUCAAUGCCCUUCAAGACAAUAUUAUGAACAUUACCUUCUGUAAUAUUGAAGGGGAAAUGGAUAUGCGAAUGGUUGAUCCAAAUUUCUUGAAGAUUUUCAAGCUUGCACAGUUGUCAAUAGAAUAUUUAUUGCACUCACAAGAAUUUCUCACUUCCAAGUUGAGUAGUCUUGAAGGUAGCUUGAAAAAAUCAAAUGAGGAACAUGAAGAGACGAAAGCCACUCUUGCCAAACUUAAAGAAGAGCUAACAGCAGUAAAGAAAGAAAGUCAUAAACGUAAAAAGUUACUUGUAGCGCAGCAACAACUUAUACAUGCAGGGUCAGGCAGCUACAAUAAGUGUCCCUUUUGUUCAAAAGCGUUCUUAAACAACUCAUUUCUCCAGUCUCAUAUACAGAGACGGCAUGGGGAAUACGCUCAACAGAGUAGCAAGGACUCUUCGGGUCAGGAACCUGGCUCAGCACCACAGCAAGGUCCAAUCAAAAUGAACACAGCUUUAGAGCAAGAAUUACAGGAAAUCAGGGAAAGAUUAAAACACACAGAGUCUCAAUUACAUCAUGAAAGAAAAGCAAGAAAACAAAUUGAAAAAACUGGUCAAAGAUUUGAACAGCAUGAGGAUUUGUCACCAGAACAGCAGAAUGAGAUGGAAAGAAUGAAGGAAAUGUUUAUGAAGGAGCUACAUGAUGUGAACGAGAAAUAUCAAGCAUCAGAGAGGGUUCUCAAUGAGAUGAAAGGUGGGAAGAAAAGGUCAAAUCUCGGUGACCUUCAAGAUGACGAGGAGGAUAGGAACUUGUUACGUCAACAACGAGAAGAGGUGGCCAUGUUGAAAGAACAGUUACAAGAUCAGAUGCACAAUGUAGAGACAUCUGUACAGUCCAAGAUAGAAAAACAAGAUAAACACUGGCAGAGAAAGGUGAAUGAGAUGAAAAAACAACAUGCAAACGACCUUGGAAAGUUGAAUAGUGCAUUAGAAAAAACUAGCCAAGAGCUUGCUAGAAGGAAAGCGAAGGGAGAAAACUCGGCCUUGGUACAACAACAACAAGAAGAGGUUCAAGAGCUAAUCAGGAAAAAACCUCCAACAAAAAAUCCUCAGAUAAAGCUCUCAGUUCCAUCACCUUCAUCAUCGGAGACAUCAGUGUCUGAGGAUGAAGUAAACACUGAUGUAAAGGAAAUGAAGCAAACAAGAGAACAAGAACAGUUGAUUCAGGAAGAAAUGCAGAGAUCUGCUGAACAACAACAACAGCAGCAGACUGAGACUAGAAUUUUAAGCAUGGAACCAAGUGAUGAUGAGGAUGACACAACAGAAUUUGGAACAGGAAGUGGAACACAGUCUAGUUACCAGAAGUCUGCUUUAGAGACGGCCAGGUCUAAUGCAACUCUAGGCACUAUGAACAGUGGAGAGGUUACAUUAAGGACAACACAGUUUCUGGAUCAGUUACGGAAGAAUCCAACAUUGAAGAUUAUGAGAGAUGAACUGGUGUCAGUGUUACAAGAUCAGCUGGAGAAGAUAGGAAUACCUCCUGGCACCAAAGGCAUCACAGAUGAUACAUUACAUGGUAAACUGACCCAUUUGAGAACCAGGAGACAGACUCUUGUCAAGAAUCAUGGCGCAAUAUUCUCCGACCUGAGGUCCCAGUUUGACAACUUUGCCACGGCACAGGCCAGAGAGAGGCUAAAGGCACUGAAGAGAUCCCCACCACCUGGCCCGAGUCGUAGACCAGUGAGUAAUGCAGGGUAUGGGAGUUCACAGUCUAUUCCUACUUCUGGGCUUGGCAGUAGUGGUUCACCAGUCAGAGGUCCAAGUCCACAAGUUCGACAAGCUGCCGCCCGGACCCAACAAGCUCCUAGAGCACCAGCACGAUCACAAAGCCCUGCUCAAAGAGGCGCAAGCCCCAGGAGGGCUGAGAGUCCUCUUCGUAAGACUGGUUCCAGUGUGGACUAUACAAGCACCCAGUGGGACUCUGAUGAUGAAGAAGACGAGACUGAAUCUGAAGAGGAACCAGUCUUUGCAUCACGAAGACCAGUUGCAGUGAUGCAAGCUAAACCCGGGUCUGUACCUCCUGCUCCAUCAAGACCAGGCUUUCCAACACCUCAAUCUCGUCAGCAGCAACAACAACAACCGUCUCCUGCACCCAGACAACAAGUGAAAACUGUCAUUUCCAAGCCUUUAAAUGAUGAUGAUGAAGAUGAUGAUGAUUGGUUGGAUUCUGACAGUGAAUUGGAUGUUUCCCCAAGCAAACCCUCGGGUAGUGUGACCAAAACCCCUCAGCCAAAGGGACAAAAAGUUGCUGAGCUGUCCAGAUCGAUAGAAAUGCAGCUAGCAGGAAGAAAAGGCGGAGCUAAACCUGUAGGUGGAGUUGAUACCAUGGGCAACAAGAAGAAAGCAGUGGAAGAUAUAUUGGAAUUUAACUCAGACUCGGACUGGGAUGUUUCUCCUGUAGAAGAUGAUGAACCAUCAAGACCUAAAUCAAGACCUCAGGGACAAGCUAGAACGACGGGCCAUGUAGAUGCCUCAGUUUCCUCUAAUACAUACGGAACCAGUCUGUGGGGAUCUUCAUCAAAAGGACCGGCAGGGAUGGGACAAGGUGCUAAUGUACGACGGUCUGACAGCACUCAUAGUAGAAACUCUUUCGUGUCAGUCUCUGACAUCAGUGACGAUGAAGAUCUUGAUCUGGAAAACAUUUAGAUAUUUCAUAACCAGUUUGUAAACAUCAUAGCAUGUGAUUGGUUAAUUAAGAUUAACCCUUUCACUGCCAUAGGGACGGCUUAAGCCGUCCCUGUUAUUUUCGGCGUAUUUGCCAUAUGGACGGCAUUAGCCGUUUCUUUAAUAAUCAUAAUAAUAAUAAUGAAUUAAUAAUAAUAAUAAAAAUAAUAAUAAAUAUAAAGAAAAUUAUACCAUCGACAAUAAUUAUUAUUAUACUAGCAUAUUUGGAAACAUAUAUAAUUAUAAUAAUACUAAUAACAAAUAAUAAUAAUUAUUAUAUUAAUUAAUAAUAUAGUAAUUUCUUAGAAAACCCUCUGGCAAAUAGGUGAUUAAUAAAACAAUAACCCUCUGGCAGCGAAAGGGUUAAGAUUUUUUAAAUUAACAAAUAGUAAUAACUGUUUGAUGAUCAUAUGUUUAUACCAGUUUAAUAACCAAAGCAUUUUAUUGGUUAAUUGAAAUUUUGAAUUGACCAAUAGAAGUUGAUAUUCUAUGUAUAUAAGAAAGGGAAUAAGAAUGGACAAAGAUAAUUUGAUUGAUAAACAGAUAUGAAGAAAUAUGUAUUGUGAAAGCUCAUCGUUACUGUGAAAACUUCAACUCUGCAUGACUUAAAGAUAAAAGACGGUGUUAUGAUAAAAAAAUAAUACAUGCAUGUACAUAUCAAUUCAAAACAGGAGUGUUAAUUAUGACUUACUUAGCAGUUAUGUUUCAUAUAAACAACUAGACAGUACAAGUGGUUGGCCUCUGUACUGGAAUUUCUUAAGUCUUUGUUAUUGAUAUUUUAAGAUAUUGUUAUAGAUAAUAAUGUUUUUUGUAUACAAGUGUUUUGUGAUGUCUUUGUAAAGUGUGCUGUUAAAAUGAUGUUAAGAUGUUAACAUUUUAGCUAUUUACAUUCUAGCUUUAUCUCUGAUUUUAAAAGACCUUUUAAGCUUUAAUAAUUAUUUUUAUCAUUGUAUGCCUGUCUAUAGCAUAUAUGAUUCUUAUUUAUAAAAGCAGUGUUUUAAGUUUAUUGAAGUCUGAUGUUAAGAUGUUAACAUUUUAGCUAUUUACAUUUUAAACAUUAUUUAUUAUGCAAUGUUUGAAGUUUAUUAAAGUCUGAAGUGAAAGUAUAACUAGAAAACUUUAAUCAGCAAAGAAGUGUGAUACAUUAAGAAGUGUUGUAGUGUUUUGAUCUGAUUUUAAGAAGAUGUGAAACAAAAUAUUAGUUAUUUUUAAAUCAAUCAUUUUGAUAAUUUAUUUUUCUGACAUAAAAUUUUCAAACUCUCAUAUAUUGUAAUGACAAACUUGAGUGUGCUUUGUUUCUGUGAUAUAUAGUGAAAACAUGCAACAAAAGUGCAUUUUUAACUUAUUUUUAUGAUUUUUUUGUGCAUUUAAUAAAUACAUUUCUUUCCAUUUGUAUAUGCUAUUCAUAAUGUUUCACUGGAAUUUUCAGCUAAUUCCUAUCUAUAAAAUCUUAAUUUGAAUUUUGUUGCAGUACAUUAAAUUCAUUGAGAUUUAGUUUAUUUAGGCGUUUUUCAUGGCCCUGAUGAAAUUAAAUAGGACACAUUAUUAUAAUCUACCUCUAUUGAGGUGUCUGUAUUUUGAGUUUUGUAAAUUGAACUUUUUUUGUCAACUUCUAUACAAGUUUAUUGCUCUAGCAUUGGAUUGGCUGAUUCAAAAUUAAAAUUUGACCAAUGGAAGUGGUCCUUUGCAGUCUGGUCUUUUGAUUUUAUUCCUUUAUAUUUCUACAUAAUCUAUUGGCAAAUAUUCUUUUUAAAUGUAGCCCUAUUUUAAUACUCUUAGCUUUUUUUUCUCUUCAGUUUAUACCAUAUAAAAAUCUCAAAUAAUUAAAAACCGUCCCUUGAUGAUAAUACUGUUAAACAUAUCUUAUUAGUUAGUAAAGUAUUUUUUUAUAAUAAGGUGUACUUUGCAAACUCAUUAAUGGAUUAAAAUCUCUAUAUUGUUGUGUUAUUGAUUGUUGUGUUAACUGCCUAUGACUUACAUAUCACUAUCAUAUGCAUUAUUUGAAAUACCGUCCAGAAAGGUGUUUUUUUUAACCUGUAAGAAAUUACUUAAGAAUGUUGAUCUGUGUUGUUAUAUUAUGCUGGUUUGGCAUGUUU